AAUUGAUAACGAGCGCACCUAUAAAGAAGUAUUUUGCUUCUAACGGCUCCACACUGUAGUAACCGUUCGAAACAAUCACUUCACCAUGAAAUCGUUCUUCAUACUGGCCGCAGUGAUCGCUGUGGUUCACGGCAACUCCCUGAUUUGCCGCAACUACCGAUCAGGAGCCCUCGUGCCCAAUCCGGAAAAUUGCUCCGAAUUUUUCAUGUGUCGUCCGGGACGGGCAAUCCAGUUCAGCUGUCCGCCGUACACCCGAUUCAACGUUGCCAUCCAGGCUUGUGAUCCGACCAGUGCCGUCGUCUGCAAACCCGGAAAGCUUCCGCUGGACAUUGAGUACACUCCCAUCGUUGGGCCGCCUUCGGUUAUCGAGCACACCAAUACCGCUUGCAUUGGAAAGCACAACCUUUACCUGUUGGCCAACCCAAGUUCCUGCGCUUCCUUCUAUCAGUGCUCCCCGACCGGAGUGAUUGCUUUCGAGUGCCCUGCCGGAACGCUGUUCGAUGCCAACCGCAGAUACUGCGAGCGUAGUGACAUUGCAUCCUGCUUAAAUGCACCGAUUGUGCCACCAAAUUUCCCGGAAAUUCCGGUUAUGCCAGAGGUGCCAGCUCUUCCGCCGGUAUCCAUCGAGGAACACAUCAUGAAGCGAUGCGACGGACAACCGCAGGGAUACAAGGUACGUCAUCCGUUCAACUGCCGCCAGUACAUCCAGUGCAGCACCAUGGACCGUUCGAGGGUCUUCACCUGCCCAGCGGGUACGGCUUUCGAUGAGGCCCGCGCCACCUGCGACUGGGAGCGAAAUGUGAAGUGCUAGAGCGGGAGAGGAAGGUGUCCGAGAAGAAAUCUAUAAUAUAAGGAGUGAAGCAGUUCAAAUCACAGCUAAUUGGUGGUGGGUACAUAAAGUGGAAGAUAUACUAUGAUACCGAAUAAAAGAUUGACGCUUGAAGUAA